GGCAGUUUUGGUUUGCUGGGUGGCGCUAACUCGCGCCUAGUCAGAAUCCACUCACGGGCGUAGCAUGCUCCUCUUGACUACGACGUUCCGAUUCCUUGUUCGUGGAAACGUGGGGUCGUUGUGAAUUCCGGUCCGUCUCUUCAUUCAGCCGCCCUCCUCUGUGUGGCUACGCUCGAUCGUGAGUCGGUAGCUAUCCGUUAAGCCGCAGCAAGCAGCCUACGUUGUCUCUGGGUGUUUCAGGUCCUUCGCCGGUUUGUCUUUCCCCUUCCCUUGAUCCUCACCAUCCCGGCCCCAACCAUGGCUGCGAGUGCGAAGCGAAAACAAGAGGAGAAACACCUGAAGAUGCUCCGAGAAAUGACUAGUUUGCCUCCCAAUAGAAAGUGCUUUGACUGCGACCAACGCGGCCCAACCUAUGCCAACAUGACGGUGGGGUCCUUCGUUUGUACCUCCUGCUCCGGCAUUCUACGAGGACUGAACCCCCCACACAGAGUGAAGUCCAUCUCCAUGACGACCUUCGCACAGCAGGAAAUCGAGUUUCUUCAGAAGCACGGGAAUGAGGUGUGCAAACAGAUUUGGCUCGGUCUCUAUGACGACAGAACCUCCUCCGUCCCAGACUUCCGGGAACCACAGAAAGUGAAAGAGUUCCUUCAAGAGAAGUACGAGAAGAAAAGAUGGUACGUCCCUCCGGAGCAGGCGCGUGUGGUGGCGUCGGUUCACGCGUCCAUCUCCGGCUCGUCGGCCAGCAGCACCAGCAGCACGCCUGAGGUGCGGCCGCUCAAGACCCUGCUGGGGGAGUCCGCCCCCACCCUGCACCUCAACAAGAACACCCCCAGCCAGUCUCCGGUGGUGGUUCGUUCUCAGCAGAUGCAGAUGUCUCAUCAGGAGAAGAAGUUCGACCUGCUUAGUGAUCUGGGCGGAGACAUCUUUGCUGCACCGCCCUCACAAGCUUCCAGCUCCUCCUCUGCAAACUUCGCUAACUUUGCACAUUUCAACAGCCAUCCAGCUCCGAACGCUAACGCAAGUGCAGACUUUGCCAACUUCGAUGCGUUUGGGAGCUCUGCUGCUGCAGCCACUCCUGCUCCAUUUCCAUCCGCUCCACCUGCAGGAGGCUCCUCGGGACUAGCUAACGCCAAUUUUGCAAAUUUUGACCACUUCCCCAAAUCCUGUAGUGCGGACUUUGGAGCGCUGGGCACGCAGCGAGGCGCGUCGGCAGGCGCAGACGCAGGCAGAGUAGACGGCGCUAGUAGCGUGCCCGCCGACAAAUAUGCGGCCCUGGCAGACCUGGACGGCAUCUUUAACACGGCCCAGUCUGAGUCAGGGGGUACUGUCCCGAGUGGGGUGAGCGCUGUCCCUCCCUCGGCAGGCGUAGGGCCCCCGCCAGGCCCUGUGGUGUCAAUGGGGGGCGACCGCUACGCCGCGCUGGCCGAACUGGACAACGUCUUCAGCUCGUCCGCCCCGCCCACCAGCGUCUACAACACCAUCAGCACGGCGCAGGAAACCAUGUUUGGCGCUGUAACUAGUGUGUCCUCAGCACAGAUGCAGCAAGGAUUACCCAACAUGCCGCAGUGCUUUGGAGGUCCUUCGACGAACCCUUUUGUUGCCUCAGCGGUUGCCCCGGCAGCGGUUGCCCCCACCAACCCAUUUCAGACCAAUGGCAGAGCAGCUGCCGUGGCCACAGCAGCCUCGUUUGGCACAGGUUCCAUGAGUAUGCCAGCUGGCUUUGGAAAUGCAGCGGCCUACAACAUGCCCACCAGCUUUAGUGGAACCUUCCAGCAAGCCUUCCCUGGUCAAGCUUUCCCCCCGACCCAGGCAUUCCCUCCACAGCCCAAUGGGGCGAGCUUCAGUGCUUUCGGUCAGCCCAAGCCUGUCCCUGCGUUCGGUCAGCCCAUGGCAGCUCCUGGGGUCUCCAGCAAUCCCUUCCUGAUGGGCGCUCCUGCUCAGUUCCCCACAGGAAACUCCUCCACCAACCCCUUCUUAUAGCGCCUCCUCACCCACAGAGGGCGCUGUGGCUGCGCUUGCACCUCUUGCACUGUUCCGUUCCACAGGAGUAGCUUUAAAAGAAUACAAAAAAAAGGAAAACCUUUCUAAAGGACCUGCAACAUUUUUUGUAACCAGUUUUAAGAACAAAAAAUAGAAUAAAGAAAGAAAAGAAAGAAAAAAAAAGAAAGAAAAGCACCAACCUUAAAGCAACAACAGCGGCUGUGAACAACUUUUGACUGUGAUGACGUCGUCCACGGCAACCAAACGCAAAGCAGGGUAGCGCGGGGUGGCAGGAGAACGAUGCCCCCGCUUCUCCGUCUUUGGUAUGUGACCUUUGAACUCUGGCUUGCCUGUGGAGGUCCUCGCCUCUGCGCAAACUGACUGACCCCCCCCCCCCCCCCCCCUCCCCCAAACGACUAAGUUAUUAUUGCAAAACCUCCCCUUUCACUCAUCGUGCUGCAACCCUGUACAGAAUAUAAGUUCUUCUCUCUUCUUUUUUUGUUUUCCUUAGCAGAAGCCAGACUUUAGCUCUUUUGUGCAUAUCAGUAUUUGUAUCUUUUAACACAUUGUGUUAAGUUCUGAGGGUUAUGGGGGGAGAGGAACAUGGGGCACUUCUGCUUAACAGCUACAGUGACUGAACCAGACUUUUAGGAGAGAAGAACCCAUCUAUUCACACACACAUAUACACACACACACACACACACACACACACACAUACACCCUCUCUUUCUCUUUCUUUCUUUCUUUCUUUCUCUCUCACACUCACUCUCACUCACACACACACAGACACACACACACACUUACACUUACACUUACACUUGCGGGACAGCACUGGCUUAAAAAAAAAAAAAAAAAAGACUCCUGACAUCUUUGUUUCAUCAAUGGCAUAAGCAAAAACAGAAAGAUUACAAGAGAGGAGAGGAGCGGUUCUGUUUAUCUUCUCUGCUGCCAGCGCUCUGGGGAACAGGGACCCAGAGGAGAUCAGGUGGGCUCACCUACAACAGUACCACCUGUGCAGAAUCCCCUUCAGACUGGACCGACCACUUCUACUGGGCGUUAUAUGAAAUUUAAGUUAAUGUGUGUAUAUAUAUAUUAUAUAUACAGUAUAUAUUAAAAAAUGAAUUUUAACUAAAA